UAUCUUUCUUCAUGGUGCAAGAUAAUUUCAUCAUUCCAGCUAGUGGUCCUUCUUAUCGGUUUCUAUACAUUUAAAAAGCUUCAGAAGGGCUGACAUCCCUAUACAUCUCCAACCCCCUCAUAGUCCAUACCCAACACACACCAGAUCAUAAUCCGCCCACCUCAAUUUUGAUUUGAUGAACGUCCUGGGUCACGAUAACGUCGUCGUGUCAGCCUAUAUAAGCAGCAGAAAGUUUUCCAAACACCCAGCAAAAUCUAAAGACUCUGACCAAGAACAGAAAAGAAAAGCGCCGUUUUCCUCUGCGUAAAAAGUGCCAAGACAUGGAGAGGUCAGUUAGGUUUGCCGUGGUGUGCGCCGCAGUGUCUCUGCUCAUCUCCUGCCAUCCAGUCGAAGCUUGGUACAAGCAGUCGACCGGGCCCAGUUACUACUCGGUGGGUCGUGCCUCCGGUUUGCUUUCCGGUAUCAGGAGGUCACCGUACGUCCGGAGGUCCGAGUCCGAAGAGACGCUGAUGGACAGCGGGGAGACAGCAGGUAACAACGUGAUUCCAGAGACUAACAGGCAGAUCUCCAUCCUCAAAAACAUGGCCAUCUGCGUGAAGGACAUCUCUCCAAACCUGAAGAGCUGCGAGCUGCUGCGGGACGGGACGGGUACCUUCCAGUGCAAGGCGGACGUCUUCCUCACCUUGGACUCCCUGGACUGCCUGUCCGCGUGAGUCCCGGUCGGACCGGCGGAAACAGUCCUGAUCCCCCACCAAGCCCCGGGAGCGCUUCUCUGGAAACGAAAAAGUGAAGGAAAGGAAUGAGGGAAAACCCGAUCUAUUGUCGGCGAUGGACCGCUGCAGACUCUGAAUGUUCUCUUAUUGAAAAAAAAAAAAAAAAACAACACCACACAAACAUUCAGUUUUGCUUUGGUUGCUUAGACAGAAAUAUAAAAGAAAAAAAUAAAGACAAAUAAAUCGGUGAGAGAGAUGUUAGUUGAAACCAUUUUCUUUCCAGAUGACCUCCCAUCUUUACUGUUUAACACCUGACAUGUACCCGCCGUUGACAAAAUUUAUUAAAUGUCCAGAAAGUUGACUGCAGAGCAGAUUUCCUGUAAAGUACUUUUAUUUAGCCUAUUUUAUCUAUUAAAACGA